GCCCCUCCCGCACGCAGGUCGGCGGGUGGGCAGAGCGCCGGUUCGCACAGAGGCGGCACUGUUGGCACGCCCGCGGCUCCGCGCGUCCAAAGGUGGCCCAGUCAGUCGUCCUCCGAGGCGGCAGCGGAAAGCUCCACAAGAGGAGGGAACUCGUAGCCCCCAGUCGCGCCACAGCUUCUCCUUUUUUUUUUUUUUUUUUUUGUGAUGUUCAGUUGGGUGAAGCAGGAGCAGGGCGGCCGCAACAAGGAGGGCGAGAUGUACCAAACGGUGACCGAGGGGCUGCAGAGCCUCUACAGCAAGAAGCUGCUGCCGCUCGAGGAGACGUACCUCUUCCACGACUUCCACUCGCCCGCCCUGGAGCCGGCCGACUUCCAGAGCAAGCCCAUGGUGCUGCUGGUGGGCCAGUACUCCACCGGCAAGACCACCUUCAUCAGGUACCUUCUGGAGCAGGACUUCCCGGGCAUGCGCAUCGGACCCGAGCCCACCACGGACGGCUUCAUCGCGGUGAUGUACGGCGACAACGAGGGGGUGGUCCCCGGCAACGCGCUGGUGGUGGACCCCAACAAGCCCUUCAGGAAGCUCAACGCCUUUGGAAACUCCUUCCUCAACAGGUUCAUUUGCUCUCAGAUGCCCAAUCAGGUUCUUCAGAGCAUCAGCAUCAUCGACACGCCGGGCAUCCUGUCCGGGGAGAAGCAGCGCAUCAGCAGAGGUUACGACUUUGCCGAGGUUCUGCGCUGGUUCGGCGAGCGGGUGGACAGGAUCAUCCUGCUCUUCGACGCCCACAAGCUGGACAUCUCAGACGAGUUCUCCGAGGCCAUCCGAGCCCUCAAAGGACAAGACGACAAGAUCAGGGUGGUCCUCAACAAGGCCGACCAGGUGGACACGCAGCAGCUGAUGCGCGUGUACGGCGCCCUCAUGUGGUCGCUGGGCAAAGUGAUCAACACCCCGGAGGUGGUGCGGGUCUACCUGGGUUCCUUUUGGGCCAAGCCCCUCCAGAACACGGAGAACAGACGUCUCUUUGAGGCCGAGUCCCAGGACCUCUUCAAAGACAUCCAGAGUCUCCCGAGGAACGCGGCGCUGCGCAAACUCAACGAUCUCAUCAAGAGGGCUCGGCUGGCCAAGGUGCACGCGUACAUCAUCAGCUACCUGAAGAAGGAGAUGCCGUCGCUGUUCGGGCGCGAGAAGAAGAAGGAGGAGCUGAUCCUCAGGCUGCCGGAGAUCUACGCCAUCCUGCAGCGGGAGCACCACAUCAGCCCCGGAGACUUUCCCGACGUCGCCAAAAUGCAGGACAUGCUGCAGCACUACGACUUUGGCAAGUUCCCGUCGCUGAAGAUGAAGCUGAUCGAGUCGGUGGACAAGAUGCUGGCGUCCAAGAUCGCCGGGCUGAUGACGAUGAUCCGCGAGGAGGAGUCCAAGGCGCCGCCGGCCGCCGUGUCGGGCGGCGCCUUCGAGGGCUCCCAGGACGGCCCCUUCGGCCGCGGCUACGGCGAGGGCGUGGGGGCCGGCGCCGAGUCCGGCGACGAGUGGAUCGUCAGCCGCGACAAGCACCGCUACGACGAGAUCUUCUACACGCUGAUGCCCGUCAACGGCAAGAUCAGCGGCGUCAACGCCAAGAAGGAGAUGAUGAACUCGCGGCUGCCCAACAGCGUGCUGGGAAAGAUCUGGAAGCUGGCCGACUGCGACCGGGACGGCAGCCUGGACGACCAGGAGUUUGCGCUGGCCCAGCACCUCAUCAAGGUCAAGCUGGAGGGCUACGAGCUGCCGGCCGAGCUGCCCCCCCACCUGCUGCCGCCCGCCCACCGCAAGGACCCCGACCACCAGUACCGCCACGCCGACGACUAGGACGGCGGGGACUGUCCCGGGGGCUUUUCUUUGCCCGCGGCCUGAAUGUUUGACACUGCCUUCGAGAUUCAUUCCACCGGUGGGGGGGGGCAGAGCUGGACAUGCCUGUGCUCUUUCGGAGCUUGGCCAUUGCUCACAUUCAGCCCCCCACUUCGUGCCCUGCUUUAAAAAAAACAACCAAACGUGACUUGCUUUCUGUCUUUUUUUUUCCCGCCGCUUUCGUACGCUAACCCGCUAGCCUCGCGCGAGCGCUCGCUUCCGCACAACGAUUCCAAUAGCAAACGCGGAAGCCGACCAUGUCGUCAAUUCCUUCCCAAACGACGACUCAAAAGUCCGGAGGACACUUUCGAGCGUACGCCCGCGUGCCGACGGAAGAGCGGCGGGAAGCGAGGGCGACCUCCGCGCGCCUCGGCUCCACUUCCCGUCGGCCACUUGGGGAAUUCAUCUCGACAGGAAACGUCAAAACAUGCCAAACUCGCGCUUGACGUGCUAAAGUGCGGCCGUCGGCUUCCCGGCUAGCCUCGGCUAAUAUUAGCCUCAACGCCGUUCACGCGCGGAUGCGACUCCGCUGAAGUGGCCGCUUCCCGGAGAACAAUGCCGUCGCCGUCAACUUCCUGAAACGCAAGCUGACUUCCUGUCCUGACUUCCCUGCCCGAUCGCAUCCGACACGCGUGCGCGCGCACGCGUCCAUCCAUUUUUCUCGUCCGUGCCGGAGCCGAUCAAUCGCUGUCUGCCUCACGUGUUUGAUGACGUCAUACCACCUUUUUCCCCAUCACUUAUCGUGCCGUUCACCUUGGGGAUGUAGUUCGCCUUUUGGCCACGAGAUGUCAGUGUCUUCCUUUGUAAAAGCUCCCGAAUCACCAUUAAAAAAACGCACACACACUCGCAUUGAGAUAUUUAAAAGCCAUUUUAGACGAAAGUAAAGAGUACAUUCCGACCACUGGGAGGAAUUUAUAGAUAUAUAUAUAGAGAGAAGAGAAAUAGAUUUUUUUAUGACAGAAACAUGAUUAUUUAAACUUGAGAUGAUCACGGUGGUGACAAUCUUGAUUAAAAAAGUCCCGUGUGCGUGUGCGCUUACGUUUGUCAACAUAAUGUGGAGGGAGGAAUAGUUGACCUUCAUGUUUGGAUUUUAAAAUGGCGAUGAGCAGACAUUGUGAAGUUGCGCUUUAGGCCGCUGGGGAGCGCUGUUGUCUCACUGCAGAGGACACCCCGGUUGGGAAAAAAAAAAAAAGCAAAACGGGAAGGAACCGCCGCAGCAGACUUCACACCGAGACUUGCUUUCAAAACGUCACGUUCG